AAUUGGCCAAAUCCUCUAAUUUUUUGCCAAUCCUCUAACAACCAAACACCACCAAAUCUGAUCCACGUAAACAACGUAAUUAAGCUUAACGGCUAAAAUUAAGAAACAACGGGGGACCUAAAUCCCCGGUCUUUCUUUUUUUGGGCGGGGGAAGAAAAUCCGUUGACAUUGUUCUCAUAUCAUAAUUCGGAGUUUCGUGCUACCCCAAUUCAUUCUUAUUUUCUCUCUCCUCAAUUUUUGCAUGACAGAAUUUCAACACAAAUUUCCUCAGUUCUUAAUUUUCAAAUUAUAAUUUCCUUUCAUCAAAACCAAUUCAGGAUUCAACAUAGUUUCAGGUGAGGAUAUGGAGUAUGACGUUCGCGAUCUUUAUCCCCUGACUAGUCUGCAAAUCGGGGAUGUGCAAUCUUAUCUUUCACAAGCAUACCUGUUUUUUGCAAUCUAUAGUCAUAAGUUCUUGAUCCUGGUCGAUAAUCAUUCCUGGCGGAUGAAUAAUAAUCACUCCAAAUCUACCCACUUAAGGGAGCUGUUCGCCACUAAGUACAGGACGUCACCCUUCAAAAAUUCCAGGGCUUUGUUAAGGCGUGUCAGUGCACGUUACAAAGAUAACUCAAUUUCUUCAAAUGCUGAGAGGAAGAAACUGUACAGGUGGGUGUCUGUUGUCAAUUCUCAAAGGCGGAGGGCAAGAGCUUUCUUCUCUUUGGUGGAUUUACAUGUAGCUUUACAUGGCUUCAUAGUGUUUGAAGUUUACUGGAAGGAUAUACGUGGCAUCAACUACUUCAGUGAGCUUCAGACAGACGUAUCAAUGGCUUUUGAAGUGAAAUCAAUGAGAAAAUGGGAUUUCCACAGCAUUGACCAAGCUUCUAGUUGUAUCCAAACAUGGUUUUCAGGAUCAAAAUCAGAGACUGAAUCAUUAUGGAAAUGUCUAAUGUCCCUCGAUGAUAAAGUGCCUUCAUCUCCACUAAAAGUAAGAGUCUCUUUUACUGAUUUGCUCUUAGGAAAUGGAAAGCAUGCCAAGAGUUUGUCAGGUGAUGAUUUUUUUGAUGUCAGAGAAUGCCAUCAUGCUACUGACCCUUGUUGUGAGCAUAAACCCCCAGAAAAACAAAAUGAGCAGAAAACACCAAGAAGACAACAGGAUACAGAUAUUCAAUCUAUGCAUUAUGAGGACACACUACUGAAAUUCUAUUUUGAUGACAGGGACCUUCCUUUUACAUUCAAAAGAAUAAUAACAUCUGAUCCAAAACUUCUAACUUUGCUUGAGUCAGGCCUUCCUUCAUGGGUUAUCUUCCUUCAAUCUUAUCCUUUAUUCUGCAAAGUUUAUCGGCCUUGGAUGCGUCCUCUAGUGAGAACGCUUUAUGUAUUAAUCUCUCUUGUUACUUGUGUGAUUGGGUUUUAUGAUCUCUAUAAGAAUGUUCCGGUGUUGAAGGCUGCCUCAUCACAUAUUUGUGGGCCAUUAUUCAUCUGGAUAGAGGACUGGGAUAUGAUCUCCAGAGUUAGAUAUCUAGGAACAAUGUUGUUCCUUCAGAACUUUGAGAAAGCUAUGCGAUGGUCUCUCAAAAUUGGCCGAGUCUUCAAAUUAUUGCUGCUACUACUGACAAAACCAUUGAUGGAACCUCUUCAAGACCUAGUGGAGUUCACUUCGCCUGUAUGGAUUUUAUUCUGCGAAGCAGGAUAUGAUUUCUACAAUAUGGUGUCAUUUGCUUUGAUGUUUUUAUGCGAUCUAGUUGUUGACCUGUUUGAGCUUCUGUUCUCACCAUUCCAGCUUCUGUACUCGUACAUAAUAACUAUAGUUUCAUUCUUUAUCCCUAUUUUUGCUUCCAUAUGGGAACUUUGUCGAGUUCCACUCCAAAUGUGUUCUCCCAUGGCCAAUCAUGCAGCCUCUUUCUGUGGUAACAUAUACGAGGGUGUUCAAGGGAUGCUGACGCCCAUAGUAAACAAAACAACAGAUGUUGGUCAAUUGGCUACAAAUUUAUCUAAAGCAAAGACAACCACGAAGGAAGUUUCCGUGUGGAGUUCUCUAUGGAAAGAUCUGUUUUCAAAGGUGUUUCGCUCUCUGCGGAGUAUUUCGUAUGGAGUAAUUGCAUUCUUGGAUACAUGCAACCGACAUAGACUUAGCAUAUCUAACCACCUCAGUGAAUACAUAAGGCGCAUGUCUGAAGUGUUAUCAUCAGGAUUAAAAGCUUCUCAGCGGGCACUUCCAUCAUCGGGAUUGAAAGUUUCUCAGCCAGAAAGCUUUCAACAGAAAAGCCCAGAAACUCACGAUCACGAACACAUCGAAUGAACAGAAAGUCAGUCGUCUGUCCUGUACAAAUGUAGAUGAAUUCACAACUUAACUACCAGGCUAACCCAUGUUUAGCGGUAUAGCUAGUAAUUAGCCUAAUCAGGCUUGGAUGCUAGUAGUUGGUGUCCACUGAGGUAUUCUGUAACUGAUAGAUAUUAUAUUAGCCUUUUUAAAGUUAAAUUCUUGUACAGAAGAAUGAUGAUAUUGCUGGGAAAUCUUCUGUUAAGAGCUAUACUUAGAGCAUGUUUGGUA